CCUUGUUUCACAGAGCAAGGAAGCCUCUGCGUCGAAGACUUUGACCAGUAUGUGUAAGAAGUGUUCUCAUGACUGGAAUAAUCCUAACUCUUUCUUUUUUUUACCUGAGUUAAAUACUUGGCAAAGUUUUGCUUUCUUCUCAAGCGGCUGAGAGGAUUCAAUCGACUGCUUCAAUCGACUUAACUCCAGCCCUGCUCUUAACAGCCUGCAUGGUUUGGUCUUGCUCAGAUGUUAUGUGGUCUCUAUGGCCUCAUUUUGCUGGACUGUCAGAGAGAGGGAGGGAGGUUUUCCCCAGCACCAAAAAAAAAACCGGUGUGCUCUCUUCAGCACAGUAGCUACGUACAAGUCCCCUGAUUGCUCCAAGGUUCUCUCUGGAACUAUUUUCAGGCUGAGGAAAUUCCCCCACCCUCACUUAAAUGGAUGAUUGUGUUACAAUUAGGAAAAAGCAUCUCCAAAGACCAAUCUUUAGAUUAAGAUGUUUAGUGAAGCAGCUGGAGAAAGGUGACGUUAACGUGGUAGAUUUGAAGAAGAAUAUAGAAUACGCAGCAUCUGUGUUGGAGGCAGUGUACAUUGAUGAAACAAGGAGGCUCUUGGAUACGGAGGAUGAGCUGUCAGAUAUCCAAUCAGAUUCAGUCCCGCUGGAAGUACGGGAUUGGCUGGCUUCUACCUUCACGAGGAAAAUGGGGAUGACAAAAAGGAGGCCGGAGGAAAAACCAAAGUUUCGAAGCAUCGUGCAUGCCGUGCAAGCAGGGAUUUUUGUAGAAAGAAUGUACCGAAAGACCUCUAGCAUGGUUGGUUUGGCCUAUCCAGCUGAAGUGAUAGCAACCUUUAAGGAUGUUGAUAAAUGGUCAUUUGAUGUGUUUGCCCUAAAUGAAGCAAGUGGGGGCCACAGCCUGAAAUUUAUGAUGUAUGAAUUGUUUACCAGAUAUGAUCUACUGAGCCGUUUCAAGAUCCCUGUUCCUAGUCUCAUUUCAUUUGGAGAAGCUUUGGAAACUGGCUACAGCAAAUAUCGAAACCCUUACCACAACUUAAUCCAUGCAGCUGACGUUACCCACACUGUGCAUUGCAUCAUGCUUCUUACUGGUAUCAUGCACUGGCUCACUGAACUGGAAAUAUUAGCAAUGAUAUUUGCAGCUGCAGUCCAUGACUAUGAGCAUACUGGGACUACUAACAAUUUCCACAUUCAGGCCAGGUCAGAUGUUGCAAUUUUGUACAAUGAUCGCUCUGUUCUUGAAAACCAUCAUGUAAGUGCUGCUUAUAAGAUUAUGCAAGAAGAAGAAAUGAACAUUCUGGUGAACCUAACCAAAGAUGAAUGGAGGGAGCUGCGCGCCCUAGUCAUCGAGAUGGUCUUGUCUACUGAUAUGUCAGGCCAUUUCCAGCAAAUCAAAACAAUGAGGCACACUCUUCAGCAGACUGAGGGGAUAGACAAAGCCAGAGCCAUGUCCCUGAUUCUACAUGCGGCGGACAUAAGCCAUCCGUCAAAGUCCUGGGACCUGCACUACCGAUGGACAAUGGCACUGAUGGAAGAAUUUUUCCGACAGGGAGAUAAAGAGGCAGAACUGGGGCUACCAUUUUCUCCUCUCUGUGACCGCAAAUCCACCAUGGUGGCACAGUCCCAAAUAGGUUUCAUAGAUUUCAUCGUAAAGCCAACAUUUGCCCUUCUUACUGACUCCAUGGAAAAAAUAGUUUUUCCUCUUAUAGAGGAAGCUUCAAAAUCUGAAAGUCCUACCCUUCUGACGGCACCAAGUGAGAAUAGCAGUGGAGGAACCAGUUCAGAUGUGCAGAAAAGGAUAAAUGUUAAAAAUGCUGCAUGUGUUGGUGGGACUUGCUCAGAAAACACUUUAGCAACUGUGGAUUUAAGAAGUUUUAAAGACAACUUGUUUGUGAUCAUACAAGAGAACAAAGACAGGUGGAAAGAUUUAGCAGAAAAAGAAGAGGUGCGAAAAGAUGGUGGGCCGAAAAAAGAGCAGCAGAAAGACCAAAGCAGAGGUGCCACAGACCAGCCGCUAGAGGAGGGGGCAACAAAGACACCAAAUGGGAAGAAUAAGGGAAGCAGUGACAAAAGACCAUUAUCAAUAGGCUUGUCCUCCACUUCGGUAGUUCUCCAAGUGCGCCCUCUCAGUUCCCUGACCGAUGCAUCUGACUCUGAGACGGCACUGAACGUUUCUUUGAAUACAAAAGGGACUAUGGAUGCACAGCAAGACACGCAGCGUAACGUCCCGCUCAAUGGUGAGCCCAACCUCAAUAAGACCUCAGAAGCGACACCUGAAGAACAGAAGCAGACGGUGCUCCGCAACUAGAUGAACGGCAUCUUCCAUUGUUUCUGCUGUUUUGAGAAUGAGAGGAUGAACAGAACAGCACUAAAACAUCUUCAUUUCCCACAAGGCUGUUACCUUCAGUGCCAAAUCAUCCUUGGACCAUGUUAUCUAUAUACGCAAUUGAUGGGUACAAACACUGGUAUUAAACAUGGCAAAACCCUGAGCUGGUAACUCAAGGCACUUGUAGGAACACUCAAGAUACAGAGUCAUUUUAUUCCUCCUGUUGCGCCAUUAUUGACUUCGCUGGAAUACAUUUUCAGCCAAGAAUAUUUAUUUCGAUCAGUGAAUCCAUACUGCCAUCUGAAAUGUGUGCUAAAGAAGAGUAACUAGCAGAGACUUCUUGGAAGCCUGCUCUGAGUGGAAAACGUCAUCAUCACUUGUAGAUGAUCGCGGUGGGGCGUGUAAGGAAUACCAAGGAGAAAGUUACUACAGACAGUCCCAACCUUUUUUUUUUUGCAGUCCUGUUGCAUGAUGACAUUCUUAUCCACAUUUAUACAGAUCCCCCCCCCCCCAAAAAAAAGAGUGUGUGUGGGAGAGAGAUUCAGAAAAGCUGUACGGAAAAAUUCAGUCGUUGUAGAAAGGUAGUGAAUCUGUUGUUGACAUCAUCUCUUUGGAAGCAGGCUAUUAUUAAGGAAGAAAAACAAUCUGUUUAAAGCUAGUGAAAUAAUAGCAGGUGAGACUGUACAACAAGGUCAAAGUGCUCUAGCAGAGGAGCCAUUGCCUGCUGGCUGAGCAUGCUGCUUGCAUGCAGAAGGUCCCAGAUUUAAUCCCUGGCACCUCCAGUUUAAAAUCAGCUGUGCGAGACCUCAGCCUACAGUCUUGGGAGAGGUGCUGCCAGGCAGAGGAAACAUUACUAAGCUAGGUAGGCCAAUAGCCUGUAUAAGGCUGCUUUAUAUGUUCAUUGUUCAAUACUAUUUUGAUUGGUAUGCCAUGGAAAUGCACUGUGUUUUAGAUAGACAGACAGACAGAAGAAUUAUUUGGGGACAUGGUCUGAACUUGCUCAUAAACCAUGUGCAAAUGGUCUAUGGGACUGGACACCAAUGAGGACAUAAUUCCACCAAGGCCUGCCUAUCACACUGAGGACAGCACUGAGGCUGCAGCUGCUGUCAAAGAAACUAGAGUGGCUCUGCAUGGCUAUUGCGGCUCCUCUGCUCCUUCUCUCUCCCUCCCCCCAUAUCUUUUGAGCUGAGUACAAUUUACACUAUCAGGGAUGGUAUAAAAGAAUACCAAGAAGUCAUAACUCAUGUCAGUUGCCAUGAAAGCCAUAUCAGAAUUGUGCACAUUAAAUAUGAAUUAUUUAAUUUGGG